AUGAUACAAAAGUGUGAAAAUGCAGUAGAUGGAGUGAAAGGUGCAGAGUGUGGUCCCCCCUCCCCCAUCAGAGUGUGGUCCACCCCUCCUACAUCAGAGUGUGGUCCACCCCCCUCAUACAUCAGAGUGUGGUCCACCCCCUCAUACAUCAGAGUGUGGUCCCCCCCCAUCAGAGUGUGGUCCACCCCUCCUACAUCAGAGUGUGGUCCACCCCCCUCAUACAUCAGAGUGUGGUCCACCCCCCACAUUAGAGUGUGGUCCACCCCUCCUACAUCAGAGUGUGGUCCACCCCCCCCCCACAUCAGAGUGUGGUCCACCCCUCCUACAUCAGAGUGUGGUCCACCCCCGCUACAUCAGAGUGUGAUCCACCCCCCACAUCAGAGUGUGGUCCACCCCCCUCCUACAUCAGAGUGUGGUCCACCCCCGCUACAUCAGAGUGUGGUCCACCCCCCUCAUACAUCAGAGUGUGGUCCCCCCCCCAUCAGAGUGUGGUCCACCCCUCCUACAUCAGAGUGUGGUCCACCCCCGCUACAUCAGAGUGUGAUCCACCCCCCACAUCAGAGUGUGGUCCACCUCCGCUACAUCAGAGUGUGGUCCACCCCCCCACAUCAGAGUGUGGUCCACCCCCUCCUACAUCAGAGUGUGGUCCACCCCCUACAUCAGAGUGUGGUCCACCCCCCACAUCAGAGUGUGGUCCACCCCGCUACAUCAGAGUGUGGUCCACCCCCCUCCUACAUCAGAGUGUGGUCCACCCCCCCACAUCAGAGUGUGGUCUACCCCCGCUACAUCAGAAGUGUGGUCCACCCCUCCUACAUCAGAGUGUGGUCCACCCCCGCUACAUCAGAGUGUGAUCCACCCCCUCAUACAUCAGAGUGUGGUCCCCCCCCCCAUCAGAGUGUGGUCCACCCCUCCUACAUCAGAGUGUGGUCCACCCCUCCUACAUCAGAGUGUGGUCCACCCCCGCUACAUCAGAGUGUGGUCCACCCCCCUCCUACUUCAGAGUGUGGUCCACCCCCCUACAUCAGAGUGUGGUCCACCCCCGCUACAUCAGAGUCUGGUCCACCCUCCUCCUACAUCAGAGUGUGGUCCACCCCCCCCACAUCAGAGUGUGGUCCACCCCCCUCAUACAUCAGAGUGUGGUCCACCCCCCCACAUCAGAGUGUGGUCCACCCCUCCUACAUCAGAGUGUGGUCCACCCCCGCUACAUCAGAGUGUGGUCCACCCCCCUACAUCAGAGUGUGGUCCACCCCCCCACAUCAGAGUGUGGUCCACCCCCGCUACAUCAGAGUGUGGUCCACCCCCCCACAUCAGAGUGUGGUCCACCCCCCUCCUACAUCAGAGUGUGGUCCACCCCCCUACAUCAGAGUGUGGUCCACCCCCGCUACAUCAGAGUCUGGUCCACCCUCCUCCUACAUCAGAGUGUGGUCCACCCCCCUCAUACAUCAGAAACAGCAGAGGCGGAGGGCGGGACGAACCCACGAGUUCGAGUUAAAGGAGAGAUUCACCAGCUGA